CCUGUUCCUAGAAGCGUCUUGUCGUCUGACAACAAUGUCCCAUGCGCUCACAGCAGAGGGCCGAGAGCUGGGCCUGCUUAUUGCCAAUCGGGGCGAAAGCGCCCUCCGAAUCCAGGCCUCCGCGGCGCAAUUUCCCCUUCCCGAUGCAGCGGUGCGCUUCAAGCCCCUGUCAAUCUACACGCAGUCCGAGGUUGAUGCGGCUCACGUCCUUGCCGUGCCGCCCGAGCAGCGGCUCCUCCUACCCGGCAUAGGUCCUCGCGCCUAUCUCGAUGAUGAGGCGAUUAUCUCGCUGGCGAAGAAGAAUGGCGCAUGGGGCAUCGCUCCGGGAUAUGGCUUUCUCUCCGAGUCGGUCCACUUUGCCAAAGCUGUCGAGAGUGCCGGCCUCGUCUGGGUCGGCCCACCGUCGGACCAGCUAGCCCUCUUUGGAGACAAGGUCAGCGCAAGACAGCUUGCGCGACAAUGUGGUGUGCCUAUCCUUCCGGGCACGCAAGGAGAGGAGGCUUCCCUGGCCGACGUAGAGGCAUUUGCGAGAUCAGUCGGCCAACGAGACAAGAUCAUCAUCAAGGCCCUUUCCGGAGGAGGCGGUAGGGGCAUGCAGGUUGUUGAUCUUGCAACAGUGGGAGUUGAGGGCGCCAGAGGCGCGUAUCAAUCUUGUCAGAGAGAGGCACAGACGGCCUUUAGCGACGGCAGAGUAUAUGCGGAGAGGUACCUCGAGCAGGCAAGGCACAUCGAGGUGCAGAUUGUCGGUGAUGGAUCAGGCAAUGUUACGCACUUGUGGGAACGAGAGUGCAGCCUGCAGAGGAGGCACCAGAAGCUCGUCGAGAUCGCUCCUUCUCCUACUCUAGAUGAGGCCGCGGCCAAGUCGGUCAUCAGCUCGGCACUCAAGAUGGCAAAGGAGGGCAGAUACAAAAACUUGGGUACCUUUGAGUUUCUCUAUCUUCCUACGACGCAUGAGCAUUUCUUCAUGGAAGCCAACCCUCGGAUCCAAGUGGAGCACACUAUUACCGAGCAGAUCACGGGUGUCGACCUCGUCGCGGUCCAACUCCAGAUCGCUCUGGGGAAGAUGCUGCCAGAGAUCGAUUCAUCAAUGUCAAUCCUCGAUCGAUCGAAGCAGCGACCUCGCCUGACGUCGAUUCAAAUCCGGAUCAACAGCGAGGAGUUCCUGCCCGAUGGUCGUGUCGUCGCCACUGGCGGCCAAUUGAAGACUUUCAUGCCGCCUACGGGGCCGGGUGUCCGAGUAGACACUGCUGCGACCGCCGCUGGCUACAAGGCCGAUCCUGCCUUCGACUCCCUCCUUGCCAAAGUCAUUGUCACGGCGCCCAGCUAUCAAUCGGCCGUCAAUCUGGCACAAAGGUCAUUGGCCGGCUUCAGCCUGACGGGUAUCGAGACAAAUAAAGCCUUUCUGGCUGCACUGAUCAGUCAUCCAUCUGUCGUGGACAAUACUAACGUGCACACGCGGUUCGUCGAGGAAAAGUUCAAUGAAUUGCACGACAACUCCGAGACCUUCAAGUCGUCACCAUCGUCUCCUUCACCAUCAGCAUCAGAUACCACUAAGCAAGAAAAGCAAUCAAGCCUUUCUGCGCCGCCAGGCCAGGAAGCGCUUGAGAUGCCCAUGGCUGGCAUCAUUGCCGACCUGCCGGUCAAGGAGGGCGAUGUGGUCGAAGAGGGGCAAGAGGUGGCGAUCGUCGAGAGCAUGAAGAUGGAACACGUCGUUCGAGCCCACUCACCUGGUCGCAUCACCCGACUUGUCUCGCAGAAGGGCUCUUCGGUUCAGUCAGGCGAGCCGCUUUUCUUUUUUGAGCCUCAAGAGGACUCAGCGUCAACUUCACAAUCCAAGGAUGCGGAAGAGGAAGAAAGCUUCGACGAACUCCGUGACGACCUCAAAGCAGUGCUGGAGCGUAAAAAGCUGUUGCAGGACCAAGCGAGAGCCUCUUUUGUCAAGAGACGCAAAGAGGCUGGUUUCUUGACAGCCCGCGAAAAUUUGGACCUCCUUGUGGAUGAAGGCAGCUUUAUCGAGUACGGCGACUUUGCAUUGGCAGCGCAGCGCAGCCGCAUGUCCGAAGAGCGUCUCCUCUCUAAUACGAGCGGUGAUGGCGUUGUCAUAGGUUGGGCGACUGUCAAUCGCCUGAACUUUUCGCAUUCCGCAGCUCCCUCGCCGGCAAGGUGCGCCAUCGUCAUCUACGACUACCUCGUUCUGGCCGGCACGCAGGGCCACUUUCAUCAUCUCAAGCUCGACCGCAUCUUUAAAUCUGUCCUCGACAACCCUGCGCCCCUGAUUCUCUACGCCGAAGGCGGUGGAGGCAGGCCGGGCGACAUGGAUCUAAGUAAUAUAAAAGUGGCUGGUAUGGACACGCCAAGCUUUGCCUUGAUGGCAACGAUCCGAUCCAGAGGCUACCCAUCCGUGGGGCUGGCCAAUGGGUACACAUUUGCUGGCAAUGCGGCUCUCUUGGGGACAUGCGACAUCGUGGUGGCGACCGAGGGAGGAAAGAGGGACGCAGAGAAGAGGGUGCACACUUCAACGGGGAUGGGAGGACCGGCAAUGAUCGAAGGUGGCGGGCUUGGCGUCUUCAAGCCCGAAGAAGUUGGCCCACUGCGUACUCAUACCGAGAAUGGAGGAUACGAUGUGAUCGUUCCGACUGAGGUUGAAGGUGCCUCGAUGGCCAAAAUGCUCAUUGGCUACUUCCAAGGUCCACUCGCAAAGUACGAAUACACGAACGAGCCCAAAAGGCUCCGGACGAUUAUGCCGCGCAGCCGUGUACGGGCGUAUGACGUGCGACGCAUCAUAGAGGUCAUCGCCGAUGAUGACUCCUUCGUCGAGCUGGGUGCAGGCUGGGGAAAAAGCGUCGUGACAGGCUUGAUGCGUUUGCAGGGUCAGCCAGUCGGUAUUCUCGCCUCUUCUGUCCUCUCACCCUUGGGUGGUGCAAUAGACGCCUCGAGCGCUCUCAAGGCCAUACGUCUCAUCAGGCUACUCGACCGUACGCAGUCGAUGCACUUGGUUGUCUUGUGCGACUCGCCAGGCUUCAUGGUGGGACCCACCCACGAGCGCGAGGGUGGCUUGAGGAUCUUUGCCGAGUUCUUCGAGGCGAUGGCCAGAUUUGGAGAGGAAGGCGGGCGCGUCUUUGCCGUCACCAUCCGAAAGGCGUACGGCUUGGGUGCGCAAGCGAUGCUGGGUGGCUCCACGCUGUACAAUUUUGUCAGUGCUUCGUGGCCCACGGCCGAGUUCGCCGGGAUGGGCAUUGAGGGAGCCGUCCGGCUCGCAAUGCGCAAGGAGCUUGCGUCGAUCGAAGAUGAGAAGGAACGAGAAGCCAGCUUCAGAGGCAUGGUCGACAUGAUGUAUGAGCGUGGCAAGGCCGAGAACGUGGCCAGCCUCGGCGAGAUCGAUACGGUCAUUGACCCUGGAGAGACGAGAGACUUCCUGUGCCGAGGAUUGAGCACCGCUAGAGGUAGAGUUCCGAAGUGGAAGAGAGACAGCGAAGGCCACUUGCAUGGUCCGAAGUUGUAGAUGAGGACGUCCAAUUAGUGGGUAGCAAUGAUCUAUGACAACAAAACGUGAUGCAUCU